GCUAACUAUCUUCCAAUGCGACUUGCCCGUCUGUUUAUAGAAACGUAGACUUUGUGAGCGCUUACUGCUAACUAUCUUCCAAUGCGACUUGCCCGUCUGUUUAUAGAAACGAAUUGUUAUGGGUGUGGGUUCCUCCUGGUACUACGGGUCAGCGUCCCGUGCGGAUCUUUACGUCCCCCCAAGUCCUCCGAUAUAAUUUUAUGAAUGGCGAUGAGAGGCGGGGGGCUUCAUUUUCUUACCCAAGAAGACGAGGGAUUCACAGUCCCCAAUGUAGAGAGCAAGAUUUUUCACCUCCUUAACCUGGCGCGAACUCGAAGCUGGGACUAUUGCUUGAGAACUUCAGAAACAAUGUUCCUCGUCUCGUUUGUGCUGGUCUUCAGCCUCGGGUGCAAAGUCAUUGCGCAAACGUGCCCACAAGGGGUUUGCUACGGUGGGGCUUUCGAGGCAACGAAAAGGAAACAGGGACGGUAUUUGGUGGGGUUCUCGUUCAAGAACCUCAGCACGGUCCGUCAUGCCCAGGGGUGCUUCUCGGCGUGUAUGAAUGAGUGCCUCUGCAGGUCGUAUCAGGUGUCAAGUACGGGAUGCGAGUUACUGGAGGAGGACAAGGAUACCAGUCCUAGCCACUUCCACUCCAAUCCCGACUACAGCUACUUUGAGAUGCAUCAAAAAAUUAUUCCAUCAGCAUCUUCCUUGUCAUACCCAUCCGUCUGUAGAAAUGGUUGCUGUCUCGCCAACCCCUGUCUGAAUGGCGGAACGUGCACAGAGAAGUGCGAGCACCCAAAAACCAAGUUCGUCUGCAAGUGCCUGCCAUAUUGGGAUGGACGAUUGUGUCAGCAUUUUCGGCCAAAAUCCUGUCAUGACUUCUACAAAGCACCAAACGGCCCAGCAAAGCUAAACAGAGGUGUUUAUGAAAUCUAUAGCAAAAAUAACACGCACUUCAAAGUCUACUGUGAUUUCAUGCCUCCUUAUAAAGCAUGGACGUUGAUUGAAUCCUUCGCAUUUAAGCACAACCCAGAUUUCAAAACAAAGUCAUUUUUGGAUAAUUACCCAGUAAAUGAGACCUCGCCCGACAAACACGAGAAAUACCGUCUUUCCCGCGACAAAAUGCAGCACUUGAGAUCCACCGCCGUGUCUUACCGAGUUACUUGCCAGUUCCUGAAGAGAAGUAACGUUACAAAACUGGAUUAUUUGGAAGGAAAGCUUUCCUCGUUUGACAUCAUUGAAGAAGAAAGUCUCACGAAUGCUGGCUUUUGCAAGACUGUGGAUUAUGUGAACAUCGAGGGACACGACUGCCGAAACUGUACCUUGGCGCUCUUCCAGAAAAUCGAACAGUGGCAUCUCCACUCCGAGCCCAGAAAAGGUAACUGUGAUAUGAAGCCAUCAGGGUAUGAAGUACAAUCUUACGAGGCAUUCGGCUUUUAUGAUCCAGGCCGGGACACUUUCUUGUGCGCAAGCGCACCGAACGCCACUACGGAAUACUGGCUCGGCCAUGGCUACUGAAGGCAAAACACGAUUGAACCAUCUAAUAAAACAC